AUGGCUACGCCGACAGCUUCUGGCAACCCAACGAUGGAAACGGAGCAUACGAUACCCGCCCCGCUUGAUGCGCCUCCUGAAAGUGCUGUGCAUCACACACGUCAAGGGGAGCAAGGAUCACAAGCGGAGCAAUCGCAACAGCCGAAUGGAGAGCAACAACAAAAACAAACACACCAGGAGCAGCAUGAGGAACACACCGAGGAACAGCAACAAGGUCAGGAACGGCACGAGGAACGGCAUGAUGAACGACACGAUGAACAGCACCAGGGGCAUCACCAGGAGCUUCACCAGGAGCUUCACCAGGAGCAUCACCAGGAACAGCGCCCGGAUCAACAUCAUGAACAACACCAGGGACGGCAGCCCGAGGAUACCGGUCCAGCGGUUUUGCAUGUUCCCAUCGCUACCAACGGGGUUGUCGAGAGCCAUGGUCACUCGCCGCGGGCGAGAAAGGACACCAACUCCUCCAUAUCGACCAUUGCAUCUGCCGCCACAGCUGCUACAUCCUGUAGCGUCGUUUCCUCCCCUGCCCUUACUCCGACAACCGCCCUGCCAGCCCAAAACAUCUUUUCUAUCAAGGACGGAAACGCUCCUUCAUCUUCCAGUCGAAACAGACGGCGUACUGGCCCCUUGGCGCCUGAGGCAAGGGGAAGGGCCGCUCUUAUCCGAAAACAAGGUUCAUGUGCGAACUGUAAGAGGAAGAAAAUCGGAUGCGAUGCCAGGCAUCACGGCAUGACUUGGGAAGAACUCGCGCAAAAGUUUCCCAACUCUGCAGAGACGCAACAGCUUGAAACCAUUGUGCCGCCAACCCCUACAAAUGCUCAUACUCAAGAAUCAAGAAAACACAAUCUCAGCACCCCUUCGCCAGAAUUUAUGGACAUUGAUUCCUCUCCAACACAACAACCGAUCCGCUCAUCGUUCAGCGAGCCGCGCGUCAGAACACCUCUGCCUUCCAAGCCUCGACAGGACAGGGCAUCUACUGUGUCGUUCCCCCAGCCGAACGGUGGUCUUUCCAACGGUAGCAUUCUGACGUCGAAUUCGCACGGGGCUACAGUCCGGGCUUCCGAAGGCUUUGCGACGGAUUGUUACAGAAGAGUUUCUGCCUUGCUCCUUCGCUGGCAAGAUGACGAAGACCCUGCAUUAAUAAAUCCGAUGGACGAGUUCAGAGAGGUGCUUGGAGAAUACUACGACUGCUCAUGCCAAACCAAGAUUAUUCCAUCCGCGAAUCAGCACCACAACACAUCUAUGUGGGUUUUGGACGAAAUUCUCCAAUUCCUGAAGACGGAUACGGAGGACGAGCUCAAAAUACUCUAUUGGUCAAGUCACAGUUACUUGGACGGCGACCAACAAAUGAUUCUGGCAAGCUCGAGAAACAGCGAGGCUCAACCAGCUUCGUGCAUACGAUGGUCUGCCAUCCAGGCUCUGCUCGAUCAUGCUUCUCCAGAUGUAGUAGUCAUUAUGGACGCCACCUACUACCCGAACCGAUACAGAUUCAUGAGAAGGACCAACCGUUCAUUGGAGGUGCUCGCUGCGUCUACCCAGGCCAACUUGGAGAGAGGCGUCUUCACCCGUGGUUUGAGCGACCAGCUGAGGACCCGAGCGCGUUUGAAGCUUCUGGGGGGCAUCUCAAUCGCAGAUCUCCAUGCUAGGGUGGCAACAUCCUCGCUCUUAACUAUAAGGGCUAGGUUACAGGAACCACUCGGCUCAGACAUGGAAGGCAUUACAUUGCCGCCGCCCAGUAGCAUCGCUCCAGUUCCCUUGCAUCUGCAAUUUGCGGGCAGCCCUAGGACAUCGAGCAUCAUCUUGACUCCGAAAUUGAACGGGGAGUUGGUGGCAAUGGCUGGCAGCGACGAAGGCAGUGGCAAAAAGGGGGGAGCAGGAGGGCUUGUUUACACGUUCCGUGUGCCCGCUGGUGCAAAUCAGGACAUUUGGGAGGAGUAUCUUUCGACGUUGCCCGACGAGACCAAGGAGAGACUGGAGUUCGUGGGGGCAGACUAG